UUGAAGAAAUCAGCACUCUGUUAAAAAGCGGCAAUGAAAUUUUUAAUUAUUUUUGGGGCCAUGUUGGCCGUUGCCUUGGCUGCUCCUGCUGGCAAUGAGAAUGCUGAAAUUGUUAAAUUACAAUCCGAUGUUCAAGCUGAGGGAUACUCCUUUUUAGCUGAAUUGAGUGAUGGCUCCACUCGCCAAGAGGAGGGCAAACUUAAGGAUGUUGGCUCAGAAUAUCCUGCUAUUAGUGUACAAGGUUCCUACUCCUGGAAGGAUCCUGCUGAUGGCAAAGUUUAUACAGUCAACUAUGUAGCAGAUGAGAAUGGUUACCGACCCACUGGUGAUCAUCUGCCACCUUUACCAGCGGCACCCAAGUAAAGGGGUGCGAAAAUUUAAAGUUUUGAAGCAAUAAAGUAUUCUAUGCCGUGUAA